AUGAACAUCCUCAUCCUCACCGCAGCAUUCGACACCAUCAACCACACCAUCCUGCUGUCCCUCCUCGAAUCAUCACUCAACAUCACCGACACUGCACUCUCCUGGCUGAAAUCCUACCUCACCGACAGACAUCAGUUUAUCAACAUCAACAACUGCACCUCCUCCACUUCUCCUCUGUCCCAAGGCGUCCCCCAGGGUUCGGUGCUUGGCCCCCUCCUCUUCAUCCUCUACAUGCUCCCCCUUGACUACAAAACAACUAAUAAAGCUAGAAAUCUAGGUGUAGUCAUGGACUCUGACCUGAAUUUUAACAGUCAAAUUACAACAGUUAUUAAGUCUGCAUACUAUCACCUGAAGAAUAUAUCAAGGAUUAAAAAACUAAUGUCACAACAGGAUUUAGAAAAGCUUGUCCAUGCUUUUAUCUUCAGUAGACUUGACUACUGCAAUAGUGUAUUCACAGGGCUGACAAAAAAAUCCAUCUGAAAGCUGCAGCUGAUUCAGAACGCUGCUGCUCGUGUCCUCACUAACAUUAAAAGAGUGGAUCACAUCAGUCCGGUUCUGAAAUCUUUACACUGGAUUCCAGUCGACCAAAGAAUUUAUUUUAAAGUAUUAUUGCUAGUUUUUAAAUCACUAAAUGGUUUAGGACCAAAGUAUAUUAACGAUCUCCUGCAUAAUUAUGAACCAUCAAGGUGUCUCAGGUCUUCUGGGACGGGUCUGCUCUGCAGAGUAAGAACAAAACAUGGAAAAGCAGCGUUUAGCUAUUAUGCCCCCACAAUCUGGAACAAACUGCCCGAAACAUGCACGUCCGCAGAAACUCUUACUAUUUUCAAAUCGAGACUGAAAACAUAUCUUUUUGCCGCUGCUUUUGAUUGAGCUGUUCAUAUUCGCACUGCAGUAUGCCAUUUAAACAUGUAUUGUAUACAUGUUGUGUUUAU